AAAAACGAAGACAGUUUUUGCUUUUUGUGGUCAGUUACAGCUGCUUUAUACCCAGUUAAAUCUCAUCCUGAUAGAGUAUCGUCAUAUCCUAAUUUCAAAGACGUUUUAAAUGUAGAGGAUAUAUCGUUUCCAGUUACUUUUUCAGACAUAGCUAAAUUUGAAAUUAACAACCCUCAAAUAUGUAUUUUUGUUUACGGUUUAAAAGAUAAUAAUACAGUUAUCGGCCCUCUUUACAAAUCUGAACCAUUAAAUAAAAAAGUAAUUCAUCUACUGUACCUACAGGAAGGUAAUAUGUCACAUUACUGUUUAAUCAAGGAUUUACCGCGACUAGUUAGAAGUCAAAUUUCUAAACAUCAUGGUAAGUUGUAUUUUUGCGAACAUUGUUUGUUAUUUUUCAACUCGACCGAUCAGUUAAGUUCUCAUAGUUGUGGAGGUGUAGCUACUAAAUUACCCCCAAAAGGGUCAUUUAUAGAGUUCAAAAAUUAUAACAGAAAACAAAAUGUUCCUUUUGUUGUUUAUGCAGAUUUUGAGUCAAUGCUCGUACCCUACGAGACUUGUGAAAAUGAUCCUAUCAAGUCAAGCACAGUGACUCAUCAGCAGCACGUGCCCGUAGCUUUUGCUUAUCAUCUUGUUUGUACUGUAGAUGAACGAUAUAAUCACAUUACAUCGUACCGAGGACAAGAUUGUGUUGACAAAUUUGUUGAUUCAAUUUGCAACGAUGCAAAAAGGAUAAGCGCAGUAUUAAGUAAUAGUGUACCUAUGGUUUUUACAGAAAGUGAUGCGUUAAACUUUGAAAAUGCCGAAACUUGUCACAUAUGCGAGCGUUUAUUGGUUAUGGAUAAAGUUAGAGACCAUUGUCACAUAACUGGUAAAUACCGCGGUGCGGCUCACAGUCAAUGUAAUUUGAACUUUCAAGUGCCCAAAUUCUUACCUGUUUUCUUUCAUAAUCUUUCAGGUUAUGACUGUCAUCUUUUUAUUAAGGAGCUUGCUAAAGUUCCUGGACCCAUCAAGGUCAUACCUAAAACCAAAGAAAAUUAUAUUUCUUUCACGAAAUUUGUGUCUAUAUCCGAUACCGAUAGCUUUCAGAUACGAUUUGUAGAUUCCUUUAAGUUUUUGGGAACUAGCUUAGAAAAACUAACCCCGACUUUAAAAAACGAUGAAUUUAGAUACUUAAAAUCUUACUAUCCCGAUGAAAAACACUUUAAUUUGCUUACUCGAAAGGGCGUAUACCCUUACGAUUAUAUGUGUAACUGGGAACGAUAUAAAGAAAAGUGUUUGCCUCCCAAAGACUGUUUUUACAAUUCUCUCACCAAUGAACCGAUCUCAGAUGAGGAUUAUGAGCACGCUCAAUCAGUGUGGUUAAAAUUUUCAUUAACCAAUAUGGGUGAAUAUACUGAUUUGUACUUGAUAACAGAUGUACUUUUGUUGACAGAUAUCUAUGAAAAUUUCCGACUUACAUGUAAACAAUAUUACCAACUCGAUCCUGCAUUCUAUCUUACGGCUCCGAGUCUAUCAUUUGAUGCAAUGCUCCUUAAAACAGGCGUUCGUUUAGAACUUGUAACUGAUUUAGAAAUUUACCGUAUGAUACAGCAAGGUAUACGCGGUGGCGUUUGCAUGUGUUCUAAACGACAUGUUAAAGCAAAUCAUAAAUAUCUGGAAACAUUUGAUCCAUCUCACCCAAGUUCAUAUAUUGUUUACUUUGACUGUAACAAUUUAUAUGGAUACAGUAUGUGCCAAACAUUACCACAUUCAAACUUCAGAUUUGUGAACGAUUCUGAAUUAAAAACUUUAGAGUCGAAUAUUUUAAAUAUUAUGGAUGACUCUGAAAAUGGUUUUAUUCUUGAGGUGGACUUAUCGUACCCUUCACAUUUACAUGAUGAACAUAAUGAUUUUCCAUUUUGUCCUGAAAAAAUUAUUUCACCCAGAGGAAAAUCGAAAAAAUUAAUACCUAAUUUGUAUGAUAAAUACAAUUAUGUUAUUCAUUACGUACAUCUAAAAAAAUGCUUAGAACAUGGCUUGGUGUUGAAAAAGAUUCAUAGAGCUAUAACAUUUAAUCAAAGUAACUUUUUAAAAAAAUACAUAGAUCUCAACACCCAACUUCGCCAGAAAGCACAGUCUACUUUUGAACAAGAUUUUUUUAAAUUAUUAAACAACAGCAUAUUUGGAAAAACUUUGGAGAACACAGAACAACGAGUAGAUGUACGAUUGGUUAAUAAGUGGUCAGACAAAAAUAAUCUAACUAAAAAAUGUACUGGCGCAGAGACCUUAAUAGCAAGUCCCAAUUUCCAUAGUGCUUCAAUAUUCUCUGAGAAUUUGGUAGCUAUACAGAUGAAACAUUCACAGAUUGUGCUUGACAAACCAAUUUAUAUUGGUUUUGCUGUACUUGAACUCUCAAAAAGUCAUAUGUACGAUUUCCAUUACUCAAAAAUAAAACCAUUUUAUGGAAACCGCAUUAAGUUGUGCUAUACCGAUACUGAUAGCUUCGUAUAUAAUGUGCAUACAGAUGACAUUUACCAAGAUUUGAAGACUAACUUCUUAAAAUAUUUUGACACAAGCAAUUACAACCCAAAAAAUGAAUUUGGUUUACCUAUUGUUAAUAAAAAGAUUCCUGGUUUAUUCAAGGACGAAAUGGGUGGACAAAUAAUUAGAGAGUUUGUAGGAUUAAGGUCAAAGCUUUACUGUAUUAAAACCUUAAACAAAACAAUAAAAAAGGCGAAGGGUACCAAAAAAAAUGUAAUUAAUGGUUUGAGCGUAUCAGACUAUAAACAUGUGUUAUACAAUGGUGAUGUUGUUUACAAAAAAAAUGUUCUAUUUAAAUCAAUUAAACAUGAAAUUUUCACUCAAAAAGUAAAUAAAAUAGCUCUUUCUAGCAACGAUGAUAAGCGAUUGUUAGAAUCUGAUAAAGUGACUACCCUUGCUUGGGGUCAUAAAUCAAUUUUUGGCUGUACUGCUUAAGGUGAUUCUUUCAAGGUCAAUUGUUCUUCGCAGUGGGAGGAAUUGUAGUCGUUUAUGUAGCAGAUUCAUAAUCUAUUCGAAGAUUGCAAGCUCGUUUUUAAGAGAGAAAAGUAAAAAUACCUAUGUAACAAUUACCCCUGAAAGAAUCAUCCUUAGAACUCUUUGUUUGUAAAUACUUAGGUUAGUAUACUUUAUGUUGUAAGUAGGUACCUAUAAACAUAAAAAUAUAAUAUAAGAUGAUGACGAUUGUUAUAUAAAAAGUUAGCAGCAGUGGAGAAAAUAAAUAAGAAUAUGAUAUACAUAAUAGUUUCAUUUAUUCAUACCUACCAAAUCACCAGACAGGUAACUUAGACCUUCGUCACACUUGAUGGAAAUUAAGUCGUGGAUCUUCCGCAACGGAACGCCGAUACAAAUAUUUGUAUAAAAAUUACAAAUAGCAGGCACACACAGGCAGGUUAUUUACCGCAACGGAAGUUCGGCGUCGGAAUUUCCGCCAAGUGUGGCGAAGGUCUUACUGUUUCAACGAGUACCGACAUGUUGGAUACCUAAGUAUACUAUAUUGUCUUGCACAAUCAUUGAAAUUAAUCACCGUAGAUUCAAAAUUUAUAGGAUAAAAAGUAGCCUUUGCGUUAAUGCGGUAGCUAUGUGAUAUAUCUAGCUACCAAAUUUCAUCCGUUCAGCUCUUUAGGGGUUUCGCAUUUAUAACAUUAGUGUGAUGAAAUAAGUACUUAGAUAAAUACUUCCUUUAAUUAUAAUCGCUAGUCUCCAUUUUUCAUGUUUAAACUUGUUAACGUGAAAUACAACGCGACAAUGAAAACCUAAGCGAUUUUGAGUGUGCACGUGCGGUAACAUGAGAAGGCGCAUAUGUGCGGGGCAACGCGGCGACCGCGACGUUGCAUCAUAAUUUAUUUCAUUUCUAUUUCGCUUCUCGUUAGUGCAACACCUUCGAAAAUGUCCGCGUCCAUGCCGAAAAUGAGUUUUCUCGCUAUAGUGGGGGAUGAAGUCCCAAAAUUUACAGUAUCAAUACAAAUUCAUCGUCUUCGCCGAGAUGGAGAUAAGAUCAAAGAAAAAACUCUUGUGAGAAGUAUAUACGGCGCGCAUGAUAAAGAAGAUCGAGUGCUGGCAUCCGCGCUGUACUCAUGUUACCUGAUGUCAAAGGAGCUGGGUGAACAAGUUGAAACUUGUAGCUUAAAUAAGUAUGAACAGUUACUCGUGGAGAAAGACGUAGACACCGUUGACGGUUAAAAAUCAUCAUCAUAAUUUCGAAGGUGUAGCACUAAAAGCGGUGCCUGCUAAGUACUUUGAACAUGUCGAAUAAUUUAACAAACGUUAACGAAGAUGAUUUAUUCUACCCUUACGCGCAAGAUCCGCUUGCUGACUUCGAUGAAAGGUAUCCUGUUCAAGCGACUACCACAAAAUCGACGGCGCCUCAUGAUAACAAGAGUCAAAAGCUGAAAAGUGAUAAGAAGAAGAAGAGGAAGAUAAUUAAAUCUAAAGUUAAAUGCGGAAAAUGGAAGCAGUCAUCUUCAUUUGUGCAAAAUCGGAACGCGGAGAAAGCCACCAAGUUAAUUAAAAUCAGCAUAGUGGAUUUAGGUGCUUCAAAUACAAGUGAAAAUCAAGAAAAAAGUGAUGUUUUAGUGAAAGCCCAAUAUAUGGUAAAAGAUAGUUAUGAUGAUAUAUUGGGACAGACUGAAAAAUUAAUUAACAAUAUUUCAAAGACAUUGUGUAAUUACAGUACUUGUAUUUAUAUGUAACAUGCGAUUAUUUCAUAAAUAUGUUGGAAUCGCAUUUUCGUGUAUUCACAACACAGUAAAUUCCAUCGCAAAUAAAGUCUCUGACUAAUGUCAGAGUACUACAAGCUAUGGAAACAUUUAAUGUAUAUAGUAGAAAUAGUUAAUAUGGUAACUGUUAUUUCAAAAUAUAUUUUUUUAUCUAUUGUACUUUAAACAGUUUUAUGAACUUAAUAAAUAAAAUGUGUUUUUCAAA